CCUCUCUAAUUCAAAUUUCAGUUAAGAGACUAAGUAUAAAACAAAAAAUUUGCAUUGCUUCUGCAUUAGACUAAUGUGUUGGCUCAUUAUGAACAUUUUUUAUUGAGUGAUAAUACGUCAUUGACGUUUCUUAUGGCAGUUGAUGUUAUUUACAUUGGGUACAAUAGAGGUAAAAUUAAGUACGCACACGAGAAAUAAAAUUCCAAUAUGAGGGAAUAAAAGCGUGCUUGAUUUUUUUUUUUUUGUUAAAGUGUAUUCUGUUUCAUCAAUCUCUUAUAUAACUUAUAAUCCGUUACAUAAAUUGAAUACAUUAAUAUUAACCACGAAAUGGUUAAUAUGGGCUGCAUUUGCAUUCACAUUAAAAAACUAAUUUAAAAACUAAUUUAAUAAUCUGAUUUAAAAAUAACAUUCUUAGUAAAUUUUGAUCGAAACGAAUAUUUAUGUACACUUUGCUACAUAAUGUUUUUUAUUUCGUAGCAAAUGUAUAGACGUACAGAUUUAUCGAUAAGAACGAGAGAAUAUAUUUCAGAAACAACAAUUAAGGUAUGUAUAUUCAAAUAGAUGGUCGAAUUGUACAUAUGUCACCAUUAUUUUUAAUUGGAUUUUACGUAUUGUUAUUUAUUAAUAAAUCUAAAAGAUAUACAGAUUUUAAUUUCAGCUAUUCUUGUGUUUUUUAUUCACUUUUAUGUUAUUAUAUUUUCAAAAUGAAAAAACUAAUCGAUGAAUUAUUAUACCUUGUAUUUUAUAUGUUACUAUACCUCGUAUAGUGCAAAUUAUGGUUUUUUAAUACAGUUGACGUAUAUAUAAAUUAUAUAUUUAAAUCUAAAAAAGAUAAGAUAAUUAUAAUUUGCAUAAUUUUUUUUGCAAUAAUAAUAUAUUAAUAUUUCAAAAUACGAAAAAAUUACAAAAUUUGAAAGCAUUUAGAAUACAGAAAAAGCUACAGAGUAACCCUUGAAUUAUCUUGUCUAUUUACUAAGCUACUAUUAGGUUUAUCAGGAUGUAUACUUUCAUUCGAGAACGAAAAUAUUUAACUAGUAUAUGCAUGUUAAAAUCAGCACGCAAUGGGAAAGUUAUUGCUAUAUGUACCAAUCUUUUGAAGUAACAAUCCGCUCCACCUAUUAAUUAUUCACUGACGUUACCAUCUUUCUGCUCCGAUUGCCACGGUUCAAUUGAGUUCUUCUUAUUUUCACACAAUAUUAUUUUCGAAACAUAUAGUACGGAUAUCAUAUACACGUUUAUGUAGAAUUCAGAAUUCAAUAGUGGAAAAAGAAUUAUUUUUUGCUUGUAAAAUUCAUGAAAAAGUAACUUUCACCAAUUAACACUAAUGUACAUUGUAUUUGUUGGUUCAUUGUAGGUUUACUUUUUUAUCAAAAUAUUAAAUUUUUUCUUUUAAAUAUUUAGUAAGUAAUUUCAACUCGAUUCUUCGACGUAUCUUUCUCACUUAACACAACACAGGAUAUUACGUUUUUCAUACAUAUCGUGAUUUUGCCAACUUUAAAGAGCAAUAUGUUACAAAGCAAUAUACUUCUUACAUAUAGAGACGAAAGAACAUAAUUAUCGUCAGUAUUAAACUAGCGCGUUUUCCCAUGCGAUCCGCCUCGUACGAGCGGUAGAACUGCAAGCCAUCGAAACUCCGUGGACUUGCGAGCGAUCGGCGGCCAACUUUCACUGACGACUCGUUAGGUUCGCCGCCGUGGUUUCGAGUCAUUCACAGUCAUUCCGCGACUUCGACGGACCACGGUAGCGCUGGCCCGUAUUUCUCUCCUCGUUGGAGACGGUAAACUGUCACUUCAGUGCGCGUUUCAGUGCUCGCAGUUUGGUAACAACGCGUAGUGGCAUGUUUGAAAAUACUGUGCUUUGUUCCGGACGUUCUCCCGGUUUUCACGGAAUGUUAUUGUAAGCGCGCCUCGCUAGACACCUUCUGAUGAUAGUGAUAUUCAGUGUCCGGCGUUUCAUUCGGAUAUUUUUUUUCACGCUGAAACGUUUAAUCGUACGUAAUGGAGAGACAGAGAAAUUUGUUGCAGCCACGUAACAUACACAAUCGCAGUGCCAGCGCGCGAUACUGAGUUACGAUCCACGGAUUUCGAUUUACGCGUGAUUUGAUUUAGCGAGCGAGUUGGAGCGCGCGCGCGCGCGCGUGAUUUUCGACGUCGAACGUUCGGGGGAUUGAUCAACCGCUCCUCGGUUAAUUGCUUUCCGAAAUUUCGCGCACGUCGGCGCGCGAUUUAACGGGCUAAAUCGCAUCGUGCGCGCUUGCGAGAUACGGGGAAUACCCCGCCGCGCGCUCGUAUUAUAAUCGGCGACGUCAUCCGCAAAUGCGAGCCACUUCGGAAGUGAGUUCCGGCGCCACUCCCGCCCGACGUCUGCGUUACAGCUCGCUGAGAGAGAGGUCUCGCGUCGUUUGCGUCCUAUUUCCCGGGACAAGAAGGGAGUAGAAGGAGAAAUCCCGUUACAAUUCCGCCGGUCGUUUCCGCGAAACUCUCCCGUGCGCUAGAAGUGCAUUCGACGAUACAAAGGAGUCGUCGUCGGGCUCGAAGCGGCCACGGCUCUCGAGAAUGAGCUUUGUCGCUUUGGAUGAAAGUAAGACGGACAUCGUAAGAGGAUUUAGCUUUAUUGCUACGGUGAAUCUUGAAGAAAGCGGAAGUUAACGGAAAGUAAGAGUCUUUUCUUCUCUUUCAAGAGAGAGAGAGGGAGAGGGAGAGAGCGCCAGUUCACGGCGUCGAUCGUCUGGCUGAUUCCAUCAAUUACAAAUCCAGGGACAGGUAUUUGUUUGGACGAUCGUGCGUAUAAGCAAUUACGUAUCUUUGAGAAUUCAGGUUAAGGCGAACUUACCGCUCCUGGAGUCGCGGAGCGCGAUCGGCUGCACGUUUGCGUAAUAAUACCUGAUCGUUGAAAGCGGCGGAGUCAUCGCCGCGAAUCGAUACGUAAUUCCACCACCUUUGUGGGCUUAUACCGUACCUUUAUUACUUUAUCAGGCUUGUACCUGAUAAAACUACCAGGAGAUUGACAAGAAAUUAGCGGGUUAUCUCUAGUCUAUACCUCUCCUACGCCAUAUCGAAAAAGAAAAUCGACAUGGACACCAGUACGGUGCGCUUGGUGAUAUUUUUGGGCAUGUUUUUGGUUUUCGCCGGUGAUUACAGCGCGUUAAUCGCCUCGAUUUUUGGUAACACGACGGAAAGGAAUAUAACCGAUGCUAUAAAAGAACCCGAACUUAAAGGGCCACACGAUAAGAUACCAGUUGUCUCGAAAAAAGACGUCGAUAAGAAUAACGUUGCCCUACGUCGUGCGAAAAUGUUGGCGACGAUCAAAACUGCUUGCUUGCCGAAGUUAAUAUGCGAACUCACCAAGUCCGUUCACCAAGAUCAACUAAGUGAAAUGGAGCGAUCUCUAUUGAAUCUUAUAAGGGAUACAAGCUUGAGUACGAUGGCGGAAGUACCGUCAAGGUAUCACUUCGCGGCUCACAUGGGUCAACUGAUUUCCGGUAUAGAAGGUCAGGGCUGUCAUAACUUUUACCCGGCGUGCCCAUUGCCGGGUAUCAGCGUUCUGAACAUGAUGAAGAAAGUUCGCCUGCACUGACGAACCGUGACCAUCGCAAUUGUCGGAAUCGACGAUUAAUAAACCUGUGAUACUGUGGAUACUUUUUAUUUCGCUGGCGCUCGAAGGACCAUUAACAUCAUAGAAAUCCCGUUCGCGAAAUGAUGAAUCAUGUUUUUGAAGGUGCAACAUGCAAGUAAUGCGCAAACUUUCGUGAUAACUAC